GCUGGCAGCCAACAGCAGCAGAAAGUAAAAUUUGGCACAUGGUCCAUUUUUCUCCGUAGUUCGCGAGUGUGGAAGUUCCUCAAGUGUAGUGGAUUGUUCCGACCGGAAAGAAAUAGCAUUGUGGUAUCCUAAAGUAGCACACAAGCAUUUCUAGCUAUCGCUACAUUGUAAAUACCUUUGUAUAUAUAGCGGAGAUGAGCACACAAACCCGUUCCGGAGGUGGUGGCGGUGGCCGCAACAAGUCCAAAGCCAGCAAGGAGAACAAAGAAAAUGCCGGCACGGACGAACAGCCGCAGCAACAGUUGCAACAACAGCAGCAGAAAGGCAACGCCACAGUCAACUCCGGCGGUGGCGAGAAACAGAAGAAGGGUACAGACAACAGCGGUUCCAAGGGUGGUGACUCCAAGGACAAACAGCAUCAGCAGACCACCACACACACAAUCAAGACGAAGCAGCCGACUGCCGAACAGAUUCGCAUUGCUCUUAUCACAGACAUAAAAAGCGGAAUGGACGAUCCGAAGAUUCAGGAGAAGAUCCAAAAGCUGAUGGAAACAAUGCAACGCUCGGAGGAGGAGGUCUGCUGCGCUCUUCAAGAGUGUGACAAUGACUUAGACCGCGCAGUUAUUUUCCUUCUCGAAACACUUCCGGUCGGAGCGUUCGCCACCACUUCCAAAAAGAAGAAAAACAAAUCGCAAAACAAAGAGCAGAAUGAUACUGCUGCUGUUGAAGGCGAUUGGGAUAAUGGUGGCAAUGUUGGAUCAGGAUCUGGUGGAGGUGGUGGCUUGAGUACGGAUCCGAAAGAUCGUCGAGGUAAUCGGCCAGGUAAUCAACGAUCAGGAGACGGCCCUCGAGGUCCUGGUUCUCGUGGAGGUCGCGGAGGAUUCCGUGAUGGAGAUCGUGGAGGUGAUCGUGAUCGUAAUGGUUUCGAUCGCGGUGGCCGAGGACCUCGAGGUCGCGAUGGUCGUGAUGGUGGUCCUGGUCGUGGCAGUUACGGUGGAGGAUCUCGUGGUGGACGCGGUGGGGGCCCUCGAGUUGGCACUCGUGGUCCGGGUAUGCGGGACUCAAAUCGGGCAGCCCGUAUUACGGAUCACCAGGAAAUCGAUGUGUGGGAUUCUGUAGCGUCAUCUACUGCUAAUGAUCUCAAUAAGCCUGAGGAGUCGUCAGCAUUCGCGGAUACUUGGGGAGACUGGGACAACGAAGAGUACACUGGUUCGUUAUCAGACACCAAAGUUUUCACGCCGAGCACGCAGGUAGCUGCAACUACGCCCCCAGCGCAACAGCAGCAACAAACUACGACAUCGUCAACGCAAUCUCAACCGUCGUCGCAGUCGCAACCGCCAACGACGCCGCAGCCAGCGCAGUCGCAAGUAGCAUUGCCUGUUCAGCCUGCAGCGGUUUCAUCGUCGGUAACGAAUCCUUCGGAGUUGUCCGCCCCUCCAGGUUUGGAGCAGCAAAUUCUCAACCCUCCGCAGCCGAAAGAGACUGAUAUGGUGCAGCAAUACAGCACCACCGUUGUGUCGAGCACGGCAACAGCAGCGGCAGCUGCGACAGUUCAGUAUCCCGAUCUCCAUUCGGCUCCCAGUGCAGCGCAGCAUCUGCGACAAGCGCUCGAGAUGCCACAGAUCAAUUCGUCGUCGUCGCUCUCCGCGGAACAAUCACAGUAUUUCAACACACUAUCUUCUCAGAAUUCCAAUCUCCAAUCGAGUGUUGUGAACUCGUAUCAACAAAGCCCUGUGCAAUAUUCAACUUCGUACGGUUCGAGUAGCACCUACAGUGAUCAGGUGACAUCCUCUCAGCAAGCACCGGCAGCACGAAGGCAGCGGGCACGUGUUCCGCCGCCAUCGAAAAUUCCGGCAAGCGCUGUCGAAAUGCCAGGUGAUAGUCUGAAUAAUAUCGGUUAUUUGGAUGUGCAGUUUGGUGGACUCGACUUUGGUACCGAUGACACUUUCGAUAGUGUUCCCGUGACGGACAAGUUCAAUUCGAAUAGUCUCGAGCAGACCACACCUUCGUCUGUGCAGCUUCCAUCUGCGGUUCAACCUUCGCAGUCAGAAGUUAGCGACUACCAAAAUAAACCUAGUGUCGUGAACAAUCUCCAGCAAAAGUCUAAUCUCACCAGUAGCUUGCAAAGCACGCAGAUUCUACCUGGACAGAGUGAUUCACUUACGGCCACUCAGAACGAUAGUCUGUCUAAUAGUUACUCACAGCGUAACAACUCUACCGUUGUUCCUUCCUCGGUUAGUUCCGGCGUCAAUGUGAACUCCAUUAGCAGUACCACGUCGACACUGGAGCAACUAACCAAGACUGAUCCCUAUAGUCAGUCCACCGGGACGAAUGCCGGCUCCGGAGGAUAUCAGAACGUGUCGUACUCAACGUCGCAGGCGAACAAAACUUCUUCGUAUCCAUCGUCGGCUGCGCCGCAAGGAUACAAUAACUCUAGCUACUCUAGUACACAGCAGGUAUCGACGUACCAAGCGUCAUCAAACAAUUAUAGCUCGUAUAACCAAGGUGGUGUCAAUUCCUACCAACAGUCCGGUAGUAAUGUGUCGAGUAGUGUAGUGCCCAACAACAACCCCACCAGUUCAGUUGGAGUGUCCACUGUGAAUCAAUCCAAUCCCAGCCUGCCCGUCAACAACAAUGUUAGCAAUAACAGCAGUUCGAACACCAACACUGGUUAUCUAUCUAGCCAGUAUCCGGUCAGUCAAACGUCUUCAGCUUUUCCCUCACAGCAGAGCUAUCAGAACAGCUCGCAAAAUGUGUACGGAAACACCGGCCUGAACAGCAACACUGGGUAUUCUGGCAGCACCAGCACUUCCUCCGGGCAGUACAGCAAUUUCAGUAGCUCGAAGCUAAAGGAUACUCCUGUUUCUACGCAGUUUGACAGCGUUUCGUCCAGCACGGUUUCCAACAACAGUACGAACAAUAACAGUGUGUCGAGUUCAUCGUCCUCGCUGCCCAAUAGCUCCGUGGUAUCCACGACAAGUAUGAGUUCACCAUCGCUUGGUUUAACGAAUACUAAAGUGACCAAUUCCACAGCUAAAAGCAGCAGUAGCAGUGGCACUGGAGUGGUGCCCAACAUACCCAUGGUCAGCCCGUACAUCCAGCCCGGUGUGCCGUUCUAUCAGCAGCCACUAUACUCGUACGAAGACCUGCAAAUGCUGCAGCAACGUAUUUCUCAUGUGCCUGGAUACUACGAUAUGAACUACCAGACGCCGACGAGUCUCGGUGCGGCCGGUGUGCGCGACGCUAACCUCGGUUCAGUUGCGUACUCAACCAUGUCCGAUGGUCGGUUCACACGGACCGACAACAACUCGUCUCCUGUUAGUAAUGUACCAAGUACCAUGUCACAACAAACAGGGUCUGGUGGUCCUAUGUUGAACCUGCCAUACGCUUAUUUUUACGGCGGCAAUGUGAUGCCCGGCGGCUUCCAAUAUGGCACCCCAGCAGUUUAUCCUCCUCAACCAAUGGCGACGAAUGCGACGUCCGGGGGACAAUUCCAAAAGCCGGCAUACAACAGUGGUUAUGGAACUAGUGGUUACGAUGCUCUGAGUCAGUCAGGACAGGAUUACAACAAAAAUCCUUACCCAUCUUCGGGUGUUGGACAGCAGUCCAAGGGACAAACUGUGUCGAAUCAACAAUCGGCUGGAGGGAGCGGUUCGGAUAUAGCGCCUUCGAUGUAUGGCAAGAGCCAUGUUGCGCUAAACAAAGUCAAUUCGUACGAGAAACAAUCGUUUCACUCUGGCACUCCGCCACCUUACAAUAUAGCCGGAACACAGACUGCUGGUGCAACGUCCGGUCAGCCCUACGGACAGCAUCUCUAUAUUCCGCAGAUUCCGACGCACCACAACAUCAAUAUGCAUCAGGCGAUGCAUCAGAUGGACAAUAGAACUUAUAAUAGUGGUAGUGGUGUGAUGAGGGAUUCCAACAGCAGUGGUCAAAGACCACAAUCGAACAGCCAGGGCAAGACUGCAACCAAGCAAGGCUAUUCUCCGUCUUAUUGGACUGGGCAGAACUAAACUACAUGUCUACAUUUAAACAUAAUACUAAAGCUCGUGUAAUGUAUUUGAAGCGAUUGGUAAAAUAAGCAAAAAACGGACGCAGAAUAAAUAAUUUAAAACACAAUAGCAGGUACAUUCGAACAUUCAUCCAAAUAGAUCUUUCAAACAGUUGUUAAGGUACUUUUGUUAAAAGCUGCCCAAUAAUAAGACAAAUAGAAAAUCCCGUUCGUUCUGAGCGCUCUCACUGAAAUGAGAGAUUGGAUUCUAUGCAAGACGAAAAAGGAGAAUUUCAGAAAAAAUAGGCGAAAAAAGAUCUACUUAAGGAUUUAGGCCGAGGCUGAAAUCUAACGGAAUCAAGAGAUAUAAAAUCCAAAUAAUUCAAUCGUAUUUAAAAAGUAAAAAAAGUCAUUGAAUGAAUUAAAAAAUACACGUUCACACAUUCGUAAAUAAACAACCAUGUCACAGUAUUUCGAUGAAAAAAAUACACGUUCUCUCGAGAACGAGCAGCUACAAGUAUUUUCGAUUUUCGUUUAUUCUUUCAUUGAAUACAAAGCCUUCUUUUAGAUCUUGUUUAAUUUACCCCGAUCAAAUCACUCCUAAAAAUAUAGAGAAAAUAUAGGAACCAUGCGUCAAGCGAGUGAAGGCACGGUCAACUUUCUUUGGCGCGAAGGUUACACUUCAAUAUCGAAUAAGGAAGACAUGAUUGUAGUGUACAAAAAACGAGCGCAAUGGCGAACAAACAAAAAAUAAAACACACAUAAAAUAAUUAAAAAACACAUGUUCUGUAAUAAUUUAAUUUAAAAUGUAGAAACGAAAUUUCUAAUAUACCUGUAAACAUUU